CGGGAAUCUCCCCGUGAACGUUGCUGAAGCGCUGCGGGUGCAGCAUCACGUUAACUGGACUUCAUUAAAGUCAAACGACUAAAAGCAGCUGAGAAAUGGACGAUAAAGACGAAGAUCUCGGCGUGUUUGAUCCAAACAUACCAGAGGAGGGACCUUCAGCGCCCCCUCCUGGCUGGCUGGAUGACAUUCAUGGAUACCAGGGCCACAAAGGAGGAGAGGAUGAAAACCCUUUGUGUCCACCUCCCCCUGCCUACAACCCCCAACCUGAACUCAACAGGAACACUUUGGUGCCCAAUGUUAGGGUCCCCACAGUCUCUGAGGAUGUUGCCAGAGACGCCCUGCUCAAGUUUGUCGAAUCAAAAUGGAGGUACAGCUCAAAACCUGCCAGGAACCUCACCUUCAAAGAGCUCAAACCCAUCACUGUGUACAGGUAUCGACUGGAGACCUACACCGAGACCAGAACCAGUGCCUGGCAGUUUGAACCCUACAAUGGACAGGUGGUCGACGGGCCUCAGUAUGGGAUGAGUCCUCCGCCGUGGGACAUUCCUGUGUCUGUGCCUCUGAGAUACACCGACGUGGUGGAGAAGGUCCGUGUGCCGCACUCAUCAUUGGUGAAGCCGUGUCACAAGUGCAACGGCUAUGGAAGGACUCGCUGUAAUAACUGCCAGGGUAGAGGCCAGAAGCGUUGUACGUUCUGCCACGGUCACGGCCGUUCCAGGAACAAGCGUUGCACCUCCUGUCAUGGGCGAGGUCGCAAAAGGUGUUUUUCCUGUCACGGCCAAGGUUACAAGACCUGCUCUGUUUGUCACGGCAGCCAAAACCUGCUGCAUUUCAUCCAGCUCACUGUCACAUGGAAGAACGACAUAGCUGAUUUCAUCCCAGACCGCCAGCCUGACUUCCCUGACAAGAAGUUUGAGAAGGUGACAGGAGAUCCUUUCUUCGUCGACGAGAAUGUUCUGGUAUACCCUAUCCAGGGUUUCCCCGAUGAGGAGAUCUGUGAUGUUUCUACAAAAAUGAUAAACGAACACCUGAAUCGCUUCGGAUCCACCAGCCGCAUCCUGCAACAGCGUCAGACCAUCGAGCUGGUGCCCCUGACUCACGCUUAUUACACUUACAAUGGAAAAGACUACAGCUUCUUCGUCUAUGGAAUGGAGAACAAAGUCUUUGCUGCCAAAUAUCCCUCUGCGUGUACUAUUUUAUAAUUAACACUUAGACAUACAGUCGCAGGAAAACGUCUGUGAACCCUUUGCAAUUACGUGGACUUUACUGCAUAAAUUGGUCAUAAAAUGUGAUCUGAUCUUCAUCUGAGUCACAACAAUAGACAAACACAGAGAGGGGGGGUGCUGCACAAAUAUAUGCUCCUCAAAUAUGAUUUUAAAUACGCCUAGUAAAAACAAUAGGAAAUCAAUAUGUGGCGGUCAGCGUUGAUAAUUAUUAUAUUAUAUUAUUAAUAUUUCACUACCACUCCCCUUCAGCAGCCAACAAGGCAGUCUCGGAGUUUCAGAUGUAGAAUUGUUCGUGGUUGAAAGCUUUUACAACAGUUUACAACAAACAACAAUGUUGUUUGCAUCUUAUACUGUGACACAAUAAUGGCAGCAGCUACUUAGAGCCUCUCGGUCUCCAUUCCUCCUUUAGCUUUUGGCUAUCAGCGGACAUGAACAACAAAGUCCGGUGCAGCUGAGCACGUAAAGUAUGGCGCGUUCAGUAACGCAGCGUUACUUGGAUUAGUAACUGUAAUAAUAUUACUGUUUUAGAAAAGUAAUCUGUUACACUACUAGUUACUGGGGAAAGUAAUGACUUCUCCUAAAGCUAAAUGGAGUCAGGAGCCAAUAACUGACACAAGAUUGGAGGUGUUGGUUAGAGCUGCCCUGCUAUUCUCAUGAAGCAUUGCCUGAUGUGAACUAUGCCUCGAAGAAAAGAGAAGAUUCCAGGUUAUUCCAAAGUGUUGGACACUUUAUCCUGCGACUGUAUUGUUAACAUGUUUAUACGGCUCAUAUAGGUGGCACAAAGAGCACAGAGCUGAAACAACCAUUUAAUGCACCGACAUGUAUUCACUAAAACUCUAUUGUAGUGAUAUUUAGAGAGCUGAAAAUAUCAAAUAUCAACCGUGGUCUAGUGUUACAUCUGGCUACAUGUUGGUCAGUCAGUUGGUUCAGACUGGAACUUUUUUUCUGUGCUCACAAAGUAAUGUUGUGUAACUUUUGUUAAGAACACAAAGGUCGUAGAAUACGGAAAGUAAACCACUUCUUUUUAUUUUAUUUUUUAGAAAUGCUGAAUGAGAGAUUGCAUUGAGUCACAGAAGCUAUUGGAACAGAGGCUAGAAGUGAAGUCAUGACUUUGAAAUGGUUUGCACUUGACUGCCUUUAAAGUUUCACGUUCUACUCUCAGCGCUUGAACCUUAAAAUAGAAACAAGUAAAAUGGUUCUUUAAAUGACAAAGCAAAGCCGUACAGUUUAGAUAUUAGAUACAGAAUGAGCCACUAUCACAGUUUACUGCCAACAUGUUUCUAAAGAUAAAGAUGAGCUUUCUGUCACAGUAAUCAUCUGUAGAACUGAUAAAUUGACAGGUUGUUCAGCAGAAUUUGAUGCUGGGCUCAUCUUUCCAGCCUGUUUAUGAAAAAUGACUGAAUGUUUUUGUAUGUUUGAGUGAAAUGUUUUUAUUCCUUUCAGCUCAGGUUUCUAUGCAUUCCAUUUUAUAUGUACAACAAUCCAGCAGCUGCUAUUUCAGUUUACAUGUGCAGCAAAUAUUCAUUCAUUUUGUCUGACCUCCUUAAGUUUUCAGCUGUUUGUUUAAGGAUUUUACCAUGUUGAAUAUUUUAUAUGUAAAAAAACAAAACAAAAACUAGGUAACUAACCAAACUUCCACUUUUAAAGAGGCUUUUUUUUUU